AGAAAGCGCAGCUGCUCGGCUGUAGUCCACGCCCCCUUCCCGCUCGGUGACAGUCUCUGCGGAAAGUCGCGUUUGUGGUUUCUGGAGCGCACCCAGCGGGACAACGGCGCUCCAGUUGGGUCGUCCGGGCCAGGUGACGAAGAAGCGGUUUCCUGGUGAGCCACCCUCCUACCUCUACACAGCCCGCACCUCCGGGAUCUAAAGAUGCUGAGAGCUAUGUGGAAUUUUCUGAAACGUCACAAAAAGAAGUGCAUCUUCCUGGGCACAGUCCUCGGAGGUGUAUAUAUCCUGGGAAAAUAUGGACAGAAGAAAAUCAGAGAAAUUCAGGAAAGAGAGGCAGCAGAAUACAUUGCCCAAGCACGACGACAGUAUCAUUUUGAAAGUAAUCAGAGGACUUGUAACAUGACAGUGCUCUCUAUGCUUCCAACCCUCAGAGAGGCCCUAAUGCAGCAACUCAAUUCUGAAAGCCUCACAGCCCUGCUAAAAAACAGGCCUUCAAACAAACUAGAGAUAUGGGAGGAUCUGAAGAUAAUAAGUUUCACAAGAAGUAUCGUAGCUGUAUAUAGUACUUGUAUGCUGGUUGUUCUUUUGCGAGUCCAGUUAAACAUAAUUGGUGGCUAUAUUUACCUGGAUAAUGCAGCAGUUGGCAAAAAUGGCACCACAACUCUUGCACCCCCAGAUGUCCAACAGCAAUAUUUGUCAAGUAUUCAGCACCUCCUUGGAGAUGGUCUUACAGAACUAAUCACUGUCAUUAAACAAGCUGUGCAGAAGAUUUUAGGAAGUGUUUCUCUUAAACAUUCUUUAUCCCUUUUGGACUUGGAACAAAAACUGAAAGAAAUCAGAAGCCUUGUAGAGCAGCAUCAGCCUUCUUCUUUGAUAAAUAAAGAUGAAUCCAGAUCUUUGUUAUGCCAUUACAUGAUGCCAGAUGAAGAAACUCCACUAGCAGCUCAGGCCUGUGGGCUUUCUCCUAGAGAUAUUACUACUAUUAAACUGCUCAAUGAAACUAGAGAUAUGUUAGAAAGUCCAGAUUUUAGUACAGUUUUGAAUACCUGUUUAAACCGAGGUUUUAGUAGACUGCUAGACAAUAUGGCUGAGUUCUUUCGACCUACUGAGCAGGACCUGCAACAUGGUGACUCCAUGAACAGUCUUUCCAGUGUGAGCCUGCCUUUAGCCAAGAUAAUCCCCAUAGUAAAUGGACAGAUUCAUUCAGUUUGCAGUGAAACACCUAGUCAUUUUGUGCAGGAUUUGCUGAUGAUGGAGCAGGUGAAAGACUUUGCUGCUAAUGUGUAUGAGGCUUUUAGUACCCCUCAACAACUGGAGAAAUGAUUUUUUUCUUCAAGAAAAGCUACAGUGGAAUGUAUUUACUUAAAACAAUACACUGAAUAAACCAACUAUAUAUAGGGUAAUAAUUUGUUACCAAAAUGCCUAAUAAAAAAAUAUAUUCUUAUCAAAGUCUUCAUUUCGUAAU